UUUAUUUCUAUAUUAUUUCAUUAGUCACUUGCGAUAAACAAAUAUUUGCGCACGCAAGUGUCAUGUUUUUUCGAAUGAAUCUUCGAAUUUUCCGUAAACGUUAAUGUUCAUAUUUGAAACUAAAGUAGGACAAUAAAUUGAAAAAUGGUUAGUCUCUCAAGAAGUUUCAACACCAAUUCAGGCGGUGCCACGUUUUUCAGUGAAUCUGGAAAUAUGGGUGACACGGAGCAUUUGCAGCCUAUUUUGGAGUCUUAUGGUACUUUUCGUCCUUUAAAUACAGUGCCAAUUUUUAGCCUGCAUUUGCUCUUCGCGUUAGCUUUAGAGGUUGUGGCAAUAGUGUUUGCUGCACAACAUCCAGAUGAGAAACACAAGUGUCGAGAAUAUUUUAUUAUUAUUUAUAUUCACGUAGGGUUGUGGUUUCUAACAUUGAUUGUAGACCAAAUAGCAAGACGUAAACAUUAUAAUCUCAGAAUUCUGGGUUACUUGGACUUCUACAAUAAAACUCAUGUCCAUCAUCGUCUUCCACUGUAUGUUGUUAGUCUGUGGAAUGUUGUCAUUAUGAUAAUCCAAGCUAUAGCUCAACAGUUCUACCCUGACAAUUUCGCUGAAAAAUGUAUCAAUGGGGGGACAAUGUCUCCUAUAGGUUAUCUGUGUGCCUUGAUAACUUUUGAAUUUUGUUUAAUUGCGGGCAUAAACAUUAAUUACAUCUUCAAAGUACAGCGAUUUAAUAAACAAAAAGCGCCUCCUGAUGUGCAAAGGGAAGAGUGGAAUGCUUGUACCAGUCCCGAAGCUACAGAAAUAGGAAGUCCUUUAAGGGGAGAGAAAUUAUAUGACUUUUUACAAAAGCAGGCUGAUUUGAUAAGAUUUCUGAAAGAACAUAAUGCGAAAUUAGGGGAAAAAUUGAUGAUCUUGAACGCCCAGAUGCAAGCACGUGGAUGACGUGAACGUUAAUUUAGUGUUUACAUUUGUUAUUGUGAUAGUGUUAUUUAAUCAUUUUAAUUACAUUUUUAUAUCAGUGAAUGUAAAAUAAUUGUAUACAUGAUUGUUUCUAGUGGUAACUAAUAUUGUUAAUCUAAAAUAAAUGAACAGAUAACAUAUAA